AUGGCGAGUCCGCCUGGUGGGCCAGAUUAUCUGGAUGUUGGUGGAUAUGUCCACACUGAGACCCAGAGGGCAUCGGUGAGCCACAGGACUGCAGAGUUUGAGGCAGAUGGCAGGAAAGAUGGCAACAAAAAACUCUACAAUGGGUAUGUUGCAGAGUUCCACUCGUGGUGCAAAGCAGGCCGUGGCGAGAUAGUUAAGGGACUUAAGACCAAACCCACAAAGGUUGUCUUUGACACAAUGACCACCGCCAACACAGCACUGGAAUUUGUGGAGGAUAAUUUCAUUCUUCGCCCGCAGUUGGAUGGAAAGAAUGGAUAUAACAAGGAGGCCCCUCACAGCAAAAGGUCAUUUGAGAAUAUACUCAAAGGGCUCAGAGACUACAGAUUCAAAAUGAAGUAUUGA